ACUUAAUAAUUUAUCAGUAUUAAGAUUUGUCACAUUUCUAUUAGAAAAAACAAGACGCUUAAGAUAUAUAAAAGUUGUACAAUCAUUCUUCUAACAAAUGUGUAACAUGACAAACACAUGAUUUAUCGGAUUCGGUCUCAAAGGUCGAGAAACUGGUUUUCUUAUCGGUGAUAAUUUUUCGCGCGAUACGUUAUCAGGAUUUCAGCGAUACGAAUAGUUCGAACUCUCACACGACCCUUUAUAGCACGAUCCACAGGAGAUGCGCGAUUUAUUAAUUUGACCUUAAAACUCCGAGCCAUUUGUCCCAGGCAAAUUGCGAACGCGUUGAUUCGCGCAACCAGCGUACGCAUGCACCGGAACAGGUGACAUCGCACUCACUGUUCCAACAACCGUUCCGACCAAAAAUUAUGAAACGAUACUUGUUAAUCCCGUAGAAUUAUAUUAAUUAUAAGUAUGUAAGAUUCCGUCUUACAUAGUAGAUAGUAUGGUAAAUAAUUGGGAGAUUUAAAAAAGAAACUGAUGCGGCCGAGCAGUUGCAUACUUCUAAACAUAAUUGUUUUUUAAAUGCGAUAUUAAUCGCGUAGUGCACGCAAAUGUUUUUUCCAUUAUCAUAUAUGAUAAGCGGGAUGAAACAGAACGAUUUAGAAGCCCACAGGCCCAGCGCACUACGAUUUUGAAAAUGUGCGACGAAUGUGCGUAAUUUUUUUCAAGACUAAAAUUGUGAUAAGUAAUAAGAAGACUAUUAUUCAUUAAAAAGGCCAAUGCUGGUGUGCGCAAAUGGGCCAUUUCGAUCGUUUUUAACGGAACGCGUACCACUGGUCAGAAACAAAUUUUGGCCAACAUUAUGGUGUUUCGAAUCCAGAGCACAGACUAUUAUAGCCAGUCUUCUGAGGUCAAAAAUGAUGCCACGUAUUCACUAUCGCAGAGAGAUCCUGGCCUUGUCGGACGGGGGUGAAGUGGCUCUGGAUUGGGCGGAAGAGGGAUGUUCCGCUACUUCGCCGAUCGUAAUUAUUUUGCCAGGACUCACUGGCGCUAGUCAAGCGGAAUACAUCAAGUGCCUUGUUUCGUCCGCGAAAAAAGCUGGGAUACGAUGCGUAAUCUUCAACAACAGGGGACUCGGGGGCAUAGGACUCAAGACUCCACGAACGUACAACGCUGCGAAUAGCGACGAUCUAUCGGAAGUCAUCGACCAUGUACGAAAACUUCAUCACAACAUACAUCUGGGGGCGACAGGAAUUUCGAUGGGAGGAUUAAUUUUAGGUAACUACUUAGCUCAGCAAGGAAUGAAAGCAAAAGAAAAACUGAAAGGAUGCUUUCUGAUCUCCGUUCCGUGGAACGUGUUUGCUGCAACGAAGAACACGGAAGAGAACUAUUUCAAUUUGAUGAUAAACAAAUACUUGGCGUUCACACUUCGUAAAAAUGUACAACGUAUGCACAACUCUGCGGAAUUCGGAAUGUUCGACGUUGAUAUCGAACCUAUCCUCAAAAGUCGAACCGUGCGGGAAUUUGAUUCACACUUUACGGUCAAACAGUUCGGUUAUAAAGACGUGGAAGAAUAUUAUUCGAAUGCAACUAUACAUGACAAAUUACACUUGAUUGACGUGCCAUUAUUGUGUCUCAGCGCUGCAGACGAUCCAUUUCAACCAGUUCAAGCUAUACCAUUGAAGGAAAUAGCGGAAACUAAAAACGUGGCCGUGGUGGUAACUUCGCGAGGUGGUCAUAUCGGUUUCUUGGAGGGUGUGUGGCCAGUGAAAAAAGAACAGUACAUGGGUAAACUGUUUUCCCAAUUUUUCACCGCACUUUUCACUAACGACGCAAAUUACCAAUCAUUAUGACGAACUUUCGUACAUGAAAGUACAUUCACGAAUGUCGAUAUCAAACGUCCCACUUACUUUUAACUAUUGCGUAAAUAUGACGAAGUGCCAUGAAUGAUCACAUUCAGGGUAUUACACAUGUGAUGUUAAUAGUAUUAAGGGUAAUUAAUGAAUUUUCUACAGUUUAUAGUAACGAGACAAGGAAUUCCGAUCGAUUAAUUAUUUUGUACUCGCACGUAUAUAAAUUGUUUACGGACUAAAAUGCACUGACAUUUGUACAUUUUUGUCAAUAGCAAGGUUAUAUUUAUUUAUAAAUAUGAUAAGUAUUUAGUUACAAAAUUUGAAUGCAAUUCGAUGCGUUGGUGUUAUAAUAGGUAUAUUUUUUUCAAUGCAAUAAUUGUGAUAAGGCAAAGUUCCUUGAAAGUCAACAGUAUCGGAAUGGUGCGACAAUUCGUAAUCAUUGCUUUAAUACUACGUUUAAAAUAAUUUUUAAAAUUUGUUCCGUAAUUAUAGAUUUAAAGAACGGAACUCGCCUAUGAUAUUAUUGUGAUAGAGGAACCCAGAGGUGCACUUUGUUACUUCUAUACACACACACACACACAUAUAUAUAUAUAUAUAUAUAUAUAUAUUCUGUAUAUAUAUAAUUUUUCUGAAAAGAAAGGUCUACAUAAAAAUUUUAAAAAGAAAAGAAUCAGCAAGGAUAUUUGAUAGCAUUAUCUUUUUCUAAAAUUGUAAAGUAUAUUAAAUGAAGUUACGGUAAUAUGCACUAACAAUAAAAUGUAUUCUUGUUAUUUAAUAUUUAAUAAAAACUUCACAUAUUAAUCGUAUAA